AUGAUCGUCUGCAUCGCGGUCAUGGGAGCUGCGAACAGUCCCCUAUACAUCCGCACGUUUGGUCAAGAGAGCGAAGACUUGGGCUUUCAUUACAUCGCGCACGUGUCGCUCGACAUCAUUGAAGAAAAGCUGCAGAACGGAGGCAUCAGCAGCUCCAAGGACGACAUGUAUCUGGGCUUCCUGGGACCAAUUGAGGACCAACGAGUGUAUGGCUACGUGACCAACUCGUCGGUCAAGUUUGUGGUGCUGCUGCAAGAUGCGUCUGUGCGCGAGGUGGAGCUGCGAUCGCUCUUGGCAGAGGUGCACCAUCUGUACGUGAACGCCAUGUCAAACCCUUUUGCUCCACUGGGAGAGCGUCUCUCGUCGCAGAUGUUCGACAAGCGCGUGUCAAAUCUUGUCGUCCAGCACAACACAAGUAGCUAA